CUCGGUAAUUUCGCUUAUGACGCUACAAUGCCUCGGUUCCCACUGCAUACAUCAGUCCAAGCAGGCUAUCGUAGCACUGUAGCGAACGUUCCCAGCGGUCAACAAACACUCUUACCACUUGCUGCAAUAUUCUUAAUAGCCCCCCAUUAAGACGAAAUCACAGCUUAAAUCACAAAGCAAAGAAGUGGUUGGGCACUUGCCUCUAUUCAACAGCGCGCUUGAAGACAGUGCCCGAAGUAAUUCGUGUGGUCCACGCAAUGAAGACGUUCACGCUUCUUGUCAUCCUCACGACACUCACACUGAUAUUGCUCUCGUUUCCAGAGGAAAGUCACGGGGUUGUUUUUGUUCUUACAAAUGGCAGAGUAAGGAAGGUUCAAAAGAGGGAACAAGAACGAAAGAAGAAACGACGAAAAGCACGCCUAAGAAACAAAAAUCGGAGGAAAAGAAAGAGACAAGAAAAUAAACGAAAACUCAAGGAAAUGAGGCGCUGGCUGACACGAUUCUCCAAGAAGGUGAGUAGCGAGUCUGGUUUGUAGACACAAGACUUAUGAUAUAAUAACGAAAUAAUUAAUUCAGUGCUACAAGGCUAAUACAAGUAAGUGAGUGUUCCGUCUUUAAGCAUUGUCAAUGAAAUGCUUAAUGCGUUUGGGCUUGGAGCAGAAGUAUCAACCUCGUUUGAUUUGGCGAUUUUGUAACCGGUCGACGCGGAUGUUUUGAAAACGAAAACGUGAGUGUAAACGUGAGUGUAAUCCACUGUAAUCUCUGCGCAUUCGAAAUUAUGGAAAUUUUGUAGAUACUUCUACACGCGUUAAAUAAUGACAACAUUUGAAACCAAAUCGACUUGAUUAUCCUAAGAAUGUGGGAAUAGUGUAGUCUGAGACAAACACUUAGCACUUUCGUCGUGAAUGAGAUGAAAUUUAUUGAUAGAGAGAAAAAAGCAAAUUAGUAGUAAACAUCGUCAUUAGCAAACACACGCCAUGCAGUAAAUAAAAAAAACGUAUCUUGUACAUCUCUCGGUCGUUGUAGAAGAAGCACUUGAGUCUGAAACAAUCAAAGCAUUAUCAGUGAAAAGCUUAAUCCAUCACAAGCAGUCGGUGGAAAGAUUCAGUCAUGAUAAAGGAAAAGUAAGGCACGUUUUAAAAUUGACUUUUCUCUUUGCGGUUCGAUGACUGAGAAGAACAAACAAAAAGUUUAAAAAUAAAUCACGGAGGUGAAUGCACUGCGUGUAAUCUUGGAAACCUGAUGGUACAACGUGGUGGCCUAUACACGUAGUCUAAAUUUAAAAAUGUCGUUGUUUUGUAGAGCAAAAGUUUCGAUGUUGGAGACCGGGGCGUAAGAAAGAAGCCCAUUUGGUGAUCCACGAAUGACACUGCAGGAAAAGCAUGGAAAAUACGCGCCAUGUUGUUGAGACACAACGUUGGAUUGUAAACUUCCUCCCACCUUCAACGAACAUAAGACUAAGAUCCAACACAAGAUUGGUGCGAACUAAGUUAAAAGUCAUACUGAUAAAUGAUGCAUUCUUCGAACAGGGCAAAUUCACACACUCGAAAAGACUGAAAUAAAUUGCCAAGACUUAAUUAUAUCAGCCUCAUUAACUUUGUCCAGCAUUAAAUGUUGAAAUAAUGACGAGCAAUGAAAAUGCUUGCUCGUUGGUACAUUUGUGAAAAUGAUGCAAAUCGGCUGUUGAGAUUUCAACUUCUAUUUAUUUAUUCCUUUUUAUGUAAUUUCAUUAGAAACUUUAGGUACCAGUUAAGCGCUUAACAUAACAUAUUUGUGGAAAAUAACUGAGUUUUUUUUAAGUUUGUAUGCUCGUUUUAAAUUAUAGCGUGCGCAAAUUGAUUAUUGUCGACAUUUGGGCUCCACCUCGAGCUGGACCUAAUCAUAAAUAAAACUACUGCAGAUUGAAACAUGUUCGAGUGUCUCAAGUUUGACUCUCAGCUACGAUUCAUAAGUACACAGUGACAGGCUUCUGUAAACAGUACAUUCGAUGGAAACUAUUUUUAGUUAGGAAUAUACUUUGCGACUUCCUCUCGACCUCCUUGUGUAAUUUACAACAUCUAUGAGAGGAUAAAGGAUUUGUUACUCAGAGGUGUGACAGUAGAGAAAUUCGAGCUCGUUAUGUCAUUUCUUAAGAAUUUGGUCAAAUAAAAGGAAAUAUUUUUACUUACAAAACAAGUUUAGUCACAGGCAUAAUUACUGAAUGAUGUAAUACAUAAAGUGGGUUUUGGCAGUGGCAAGUUUAUUGUUUUACGUGGCUCUUGUUCGUCUUUUGAGGUCGAAUUGUGAUUUGGAGUGUGAUUUAACGUACGAGAAAAACCGGAAAACUCAGCGAGGAAGCAAACUCACAACAAAAAACUCAUUAGCUUGUAUAGCUGGUGGUAUUUUGGAUUCUCGAACCUCUCGUGGCUUCGCCGCUCGAUUUGCGGCUCCGGCACUCAACGCUUCAUAGCGCACACAAAACCGCUAACUAUACGUGGGCUGCAUCAUGAGACAAGGUUCAAACUGUGGCUACAAGAUCCCUUCAAAGCGCAUACAAAACUGCUGACAAUACGUAGGCUACAUCAUGAGGCAAGGUUCAAACCUUGGUUUCAAAGAUGGGGGUCGGAACGCUCCCUGCUGGCUGCUGCUAUCCAAUAAAUCGCAACUUGCACCCUGGAUCGAAUGGUACAGCUGCCAUGCUUUGUUUCUCACAAUAGUUUCCCUUCCACCGAGCAAUGGUUGGGCAAAAAAACACAAUUUUAGUUGAACAUAGAAUAAUAUCAAUAGUCAAAAAUUUAAUCUCAAUAGAGCAGUGGUAAAAAGUUUCUUAGAGAUUGGGCGAAUUAGGUCCCCAAAUAUGCAUGUAAAUCGCUUCUUAACCCCCUUUCUUGGCCGAACGUGGCAUUACUUCAUGCAUAAAAAAAAGCCUUUUCCUAGAAUAGUGUUUUCUAAGGCGCGAAUCAUUUCCUUAGGCUGCGUUAAAGUUUGCGUUACUUGUCGAUAUGCUGGGGCAUAAUAGAAAUCUGCCAAAAAUGUGGAAACUGCCACAUUGAGCCCCGACAAUCUUUGGAAAAUUGUGGCAGAAAAUUCGUAAAAAUAAAGCGAAUUUUGAAUAACGACCUUCAAAAAUAAGUUCUCGACACCCCUAUUCUCCCUUUCAAAAUCAGAUAUUGCUCAAAUUUGCAAAUUGUUCAUUCAAUUUUGCAAAGAUACAGAGAGAGACAAAAGUCAUUAAUGACUGAAACAUUUUCCAACCCUACGUAGUGACCAAGGUUGUGGCUUUUCACCAAGGAAUUCUUGACUGAGCAGAAAAGUGUUAAAAUCUGUAGUUGAAGUCUGCACCCUGAGUCAUAAUCGCCGUGAAUGCUACAUGGAACCUAUACCGCUUUCUCUUGGACAGCAGUUAUUAUUACUCCUUAUCAUGUCGGUCUAUCAUGGGCUAUCUUCGCUCUUACGUCUUCCUACGUUUUCCUGGCAAGUUUUUGGUGUCCCUUACAUGAUCCUGGUUAUAGAGAGGCACACGCACUGCGAGAGUUAAGAGGCCCACGAGUCUCACACAAAGAUUACAAACUGGACAAAAUUGACGAUAUCUCGAACGCGCAAACUUUAGGACAAUGCUUACCUAUUGACCAGAUAUAGAAAUGCAUAGAAACUUCAAGUAUUCUAUCAGCUAAAUUGGGACUAAAGCUAUUACACGCUGACAAUGUUUAAGAAGGCUAAUAUAAAGUUGUGAAAGAAAUUUCCCGGUUUUCUAGAAUCGAUUUUUAUGGAUUUAGAAUGUUAUUUGGAAAACGUGGUUUUUACAUCAUUGCAAAAAAUAUCUCGGUAAUUUCUUAAGAGAUUUUACCGAGGUAUCUGUUUGGAUAAAACCCUCUUUAUGUUGAUAUUCUAAAUGUAUUGAUAAAAUACGAG